GUAUGGGGGGAGGGAGAUAGCCAGUAGGUGGAGGAGAUAGCUAGUAUGGCAGAGAGGUAGAUAGCUUGUAUAGGGGUGAGGUAGUUUUUAUAGGGUACAUCAGGGAGAGAGUAGCUUGGAGUGUGGCAUAUUCUGGCAGCAUUGUGUCAGAAUCAGCAUUGUGUCAUUCUUUCAGGAGGGAGGAAAGGUGUAUGGGAGGGACUGAAGUUGCCAACUCCCAGAUAGCAGCAAAAGACUCACGAGGUACUCCCAGCACAGCCAUUAAGGGUAUGCACAAGGCCAUUAUUGUUCAGAAGUCUUGAUGCAUACUUCAACCUCCUGAGGUUUUCUUCAAUUUAAUGUAACAGUGGGCAAUAAAGACAAACUUUUUUUUAGGACAAAAGGCAGCUUCUCUAGUUGUAGGCCUCUCUGAUUAUACCCUUCGCAACCGUCAACUCAUACAGAACUGCAGCUUUGAUUCAGCUUCAUACAAGGUCACAUACUCCCAUCAGCUGUCUGUGUUGAACUUCUCUAGCUCUGUCUCACAACAUAUUAAUUUCAAGAUUAGAAUUCACAUCCCUCGUCUCCAUCUGUGGUUGGGUCUUCAGCCUUUCUAUCCCCACCCUCUGGAACUCCAUCCCGGAGCCCAUCUGCCCUGCACCUUUCCAUACCUCCUUCCAGGAGCUAUACAAAAUAAAGGAAGAUGGUAAGCAAUCAAGUUGUACUGGAGUCAAAGGCAGCCCCUAAAACCCUGUUGGAUGAGAUGCACAAACUUCGCAUUUUGUGCUACUUCUGUGAUGUAACUGUGCAGAUAGAACACCAGGGAAGCAAAGAGGAAUUUGUCGCCCACAAAGCUGUGUUAGCUGCAGCCAGCAGUUACUUUAAGGAGCUUUUCCUUAAUGAAAUGGUGAACACUAAGAUUACUAUUGUUACUUUACGUGACAUAUAUACAGCAGACUUUGCCUCUUUUCUGGAUUUUGUUUACACUGCAAAAGUGGAGGUUGAGGCUGAACGGGUACAAAGAUUACAGGAGAUUGCUGAGAAAUUGAAAUGCAGGGAACUAGUAGAAGUCUGUAGUCAGGUAAAAUCACAAAUACUUGAGUCAGCUCUGAUGGACUUGGGCAACUUGGCGGAAUCCCAUGGAACAGAAGGAAUGAAAGGAACAAAACAGGAUGGCGACACUGUUCCAGGUUCUUUUCAGAACACAGGAAUUGUUUCAGGAGAACACAAUCACAAAAUCUCUGGCCAGAUUAUUUCAGAUGAAGAGAAAGUUUAUGAGGCAUCUUUUAAAGAGCCAGCGACUACCAGAACUAAGGGAUGGGAAAAGUCAGAAAAGGAAAAGAAAUUAGCAAAACCUUUAAAUAUAAAGACUAAACGUGCCAGUGGAAGGCAAGUUGGGCGCAAAGUCUUUUUAGAGAUUCCCAAAAAGAAAUAUACACGUAGGCUUCGAGAACAAGCAAAGGUUGAUGAAGAUUUGAAGGAGGAAUCUGGAAAGCUGUCCUCUACAGAAGAUAAAAAACAAGAAGCCAAAGAUCAAGUCAAGAAAGACAGUGAAAAGCCAGAUGAAGAUGAGACUAUGGAGGAGGAAGAUGAAGAUGAGAGUGACGAUAGUGGUUUUAAAUUGGUUGAAGACACUAAAAAGACCCCGGAUGAGAAUGAAAAGAAGAAACGAGUCAGAAAUUUUCAGUGUGAUAAAUGUCAGAAAGGUUUCCAAUAUGAAAAGAGCUUCUUAAAACAUAUAGAAAAGAGCCAUGGUAUUAUACCUGAAAUUAUUUACUGCUGCGAGAUCUGCAACCAGACAUUUGCUAAUCGUUGCAAUCUAAAAAGCCACCAAAUGCAUGUUCAUAGUGAAGAGCUUCGUUUCCCAUGUACGCUCUGUGGUAAAAGGUUUAAGAGGAAAAAGUAUGUGAAGCGGCAUAAUCUUAAGGUUCAUGAGGGUGGAGAGCGUCAUUUAUGCUUGCAGUGUGGUAAAGGACUAAGUUCCAAAACUGCCUUGAGGGUCCAUGAAAGGAUACACACCGGCGACAAACCCUAUGAGUGCACUGAAUGCCAUGCCAAGUUUUCUCAGCCAUCUGCACUGAAGGUGCAUUUGAGAAUUCAUACUGGCGAAAAGCCAUUUGCCUGUGAUCAAUGUGGCGCCAGAUUCACGCAGAAUCAUAUGCUGAUAUACCAUAAGAGAUCUCACACAGGUGAAAGACCCUUUAUGUGUGAAACAUGUGGCAAGAGCUUUGCUUCAAAAGAGUACUUGAAGCAUCACAACAGAAUCCACACCGGAUCAAAGCCAUUUGUGUGUGAGAUCUGCUAUCGAGCCUUUGCACAAAGAAAUUCCCUUCACCAACACAUUAAGGUUCACACAGGUGAGCGUCCCUAUUGCUGUGACCAGUGUGGCAAACAGUUCACCCAACUGAAUGCUUUGCAGCGUCAUCAUCGCAUACACACAGGAGAGAAACCAUUCAUGUGCAGUGCGUGUGGGAGGACCUUCACUGAUAAAUCUACGCUCAGGCGGCAUGCUUCGGUUCAUGACAAGAAUGCACCAUGGCAGUCUUUCCUUAUCACUCUGGAUGAGAAUGCUAAGAAAAACCAUGCUCGAAGAAUGGACUUCUAUGCUAUUGUUGAUUGUGAGCCAAUUCCUCCUUCAGAAGCGCAAGAACAAUCAGCAUCUUGUACAGAAAUAAUUGGUGAUCAACAUGCAGCUACUCUCCAUGGGAAUAUCCCUGGUACACAUGAGCAGAAUGCAUCAGGUACUUCUGACUGGAGGCCAGCUGGUCUGCCUUCAGUCACCAUGGUGACUCAGGCAGCCUCUAUGGUAGCCACUCUGAACGAGCUCGCUGUACUUCAUGCCCCAACAAAUUCAGUGCAGACUCACUUGCACAUCUUGGCUAAUGUGGAACAGCUCAAUUCAGCAAGCACACAAGCCCUAGUUCUUGACAAUAACACCGGUGCUUUAACAGUGGACAAAAAUGAGACCCCUAACACAAGCAGUGUGACUACUAUUUCUGUUCCUGCAUGUCUAGGUAUGACAGGUAACAUCAACAACAUGUUACCGCAUGCAGCAGAAGUGGAGCAGGUACAGAGUGGAACACCUGUCACCAUAUCAACAUUAACUUCACAAUUAACUGUUAUGCAGAGCAAUAAUCUGCCAGCAUUGCAGAGCACUGUAAAUGGAGUGGCCGAUAUUCAGACUAUUCAAAUGUGAUCUGGUAUUAAUCUGCUGUAUUGCUUCCACCCCUGAGCUCAGGUGAAUUAAUUUAAAAUAUUAAUCUAGUUUUUGGUAGCGAGAAAGGAAUAAAUCAUCUGCUACAUUUAUGGUCUUUUGGUUCUCUAUGAAAGAUUUACAAUUAUUCACUGGGUUGCAGCAGUGCUAUUGUAAAUUGGAAAAUCAACAGAACUUUUUAAACUUAUUUUAAAGUCAAGAAGGUGCAUUAUAAUUUCUUUUUCUAAGUAGAAUCAUUUUGCUAGAGUUUCUAAAUAUCUGUGAAAUGGAUUUGAUGCAGAAAGUGUUGCCUUUUAAAGUAAAUAUCAAGGUUUGACUAUUGGAUUUUGAAGCAUUAGAAGAUUUUAAAAAAUAUAUAAUGGGACUUAAAGCCCUUCAGAAUGGAUCAUGUAUUGCGAAGUUUGUGAUUAUGCUGUAGCAAGACGAUGAAAGCAAUCCUUUCAAAAAUUGACAGUGACGUUAUACACAACUUCAUUUCUCCCUAAACGCAUACAGCAUGCAUAUUUUAAUUGCCCCUCAAUUAUUGUUACCAGCUGGUAUCUAAUUUCCUCUUGGAAUUGUUGCCACAUUCUGCCUCCAUAACCUCCCUAGGAAAUUUAUUCAAAUAUUCACCACUCUGUAUAAACUAAAUUAAUUUGAAAUGUCGCUUCACUUUCUCUAAGUUCUAUCCAAGUCUAACCUUUGUUAUAAGAUCAGUCUAUCUAUAUCUUCUACAAUCUUCAGUACUUCAAUAAGAUCUCCCCUGAACCUUUUGUUUUUNAGCAUUCCCAGUUUAUGUAGUUUCUCCUUAUAACAGGUGUCUAAUUCAAGCCAUCAAUCCAGUUGCCUUUUGCUGCAUUCCCACCAAUGGCAAGAUAUCCCUACUCUAAUACUUUGACCAAAAUUAUGCAAUACACUAGGAUAGGCUGGAUUAAUGUUCUGUACAAAUUAAACUAAGGCUUGUGCUUUGUCCCUUUAGUUUCUACUUCGCUCAGUUAUAUAAACCCACUAUCUCCUCUCAAAAAUGCAAAAUUUUUUAUUUAUCAGGUUUGAAAAUUGCCUCGGAAAAGAUAUUAGAAACCACCAGAAUUUAAAUCUGCAAUCCCAAAGAUUGGCGUCCUUUUCAAUAUAUUUGAAAAAUGACUUUUUGGUCAUUCUUCACCCAUCUUUAACUAUCCUGUCAUCACUGGGUGGUUUUAAAAAUAAACCUACUUCUGCCUGUGAACUGACUCUUUUGUGAGAGUACAAUAUUAGAGAGACAUGAAAAAAUUAUAUAUUUCAAGAACCUUGCAUUAUGACUUAAAAUUUGAAAGAACUUGGCUGACUUCUACCUUUAUUAGCUGUUGCUCUUCUCUCUCCCAAAUCAUUAAUUAUAAAGCAAGGUUAAUCUUUCAAUUUGGGGUGGAGGCUAGGGAUGUUGCCUUGUGUAAGUUUAUUUAUUUUGAGCCAAUUAUGGUGAAUCAGUCACAGCAGUUAUAGAGAAAUCCCAGUCUCAGAUUACCCUACUCUAUUAACCAAAUAAAGCUAGUGGAGUGGAAAAUGCUCCCAAAGAAUAUGUGGCCAAAAAACUUCAUAUUGAAAUGAUGGGAAUUAAGGUACUGUGAAGAAACCAAAUGUUCAUUCCAGUAUUACAUUCAGUGAGUCCAAAAAUACUUACAAAACAUGUUCUUUUUAGACUCAUUAGCAGCAUUUUAAUAAACCCAUCUAUUUGAUAAUCACUUCUGGAAUCAAUUUGAGAACAGGGUCAUCUCUUUGAGCAUUUUUUCACUGUACCCAAAUGUGAUCAAUUUUCUGAAAUUGGAUAUGUUUAAAAGUAUCUUGAACUGUUCAGGUACCCUAACAAUUCAGGUAAAAUUUCUGUUAAAAUUUAACAGAUUUUGUAGACCGAUUUUGCUUUCAAAUCGGUCUAGCAAUGCCAAAAGUUGUGCUGGGAGUUGAUGGUCUAUUUCUUUGUAUAAAUCAUUUGGAUUACCUAUCUCCAGUAAAUAAACCUCCCAC